AUGAAGGUAGGACAUUGGUUUCUAACACGAUUUUCAAUAUCGGAUGCUUAUCAAUCAUUGUGCAAAGAAUUUGAGAUAUUGGAAUUUAUUACAAAUGAUUGGUUAUCAUCUAUUCAUUAUGAUAAUCACAGCGCUUCCACAUUUAUUCAACAUCUAAUUAGUGCAAAUAAAUCACGAAAAUUAAAAGUAAAUGCGCAACGUAUUAUACGUGACGAUGGUCGGAUAUAUCUUGCAUGUGAAGGGCCUAAUCUAAUUACGGUUUAUGAUUUUUGGACGCUUGUUUGGCAGGAAAAUGUAAAAGCAAUAAUAUCAUUGAAUUAUCCGUAUGAGGAACGUUUUUAUCCGGAUGUAUAUCAGAAAAAUCAGGAAACAAUACAAUAUUGGCCCAUUAUUAAUGGCAAAAUAUAUUAUUUCAUGCCAUUCAAAAUAACUUGCAUUAAUAGCUCUUUGAUGGCUGAUUGUAAAAUUCAAACAAAUGAUUCCAAGGAAUAUGUUUAUCGAUUAACACAACUACGUAUACGAUAUUGUAAUUCGAUCAAUCCGCAAAAAGAUCGUUUUCUAACUCAUGUAUGCUAUUUACGAUGGCCUGAUGGACAAUUACCAUUACCAUGGGGAAAACAUAAUACUUUAGCUAAAGCUGCUAAUAUUUUAUUACAAAUUUUAUUGAUGGUUAGUGAUGAUACAAUAUUGAUACAUUGUCAUGCAGGUCGCGGUCGUACAGGUGUUCUUAUUGCCUUAGAUUUUGCUAUGUAUCAACUUAAAAAUUUACAAACUGUAAAUAUAAAGGCUUUAAUUGAAAAAAUUCGACAACGACGACCAGGUGCUGUAAUGAAUCGCUGGCAAUAUGCUUAUAUAAAUAUAGUUAUUGCCGAACAGGCAUAUCGCAUGGGUUAUUUGUUGGAUCGAAUUAAUGGAUAUUAUAUUACGCGUCAACUUAUCAAUAAGCUUUGGAAUAAUCUUGAAGAUGAUGAUUUGUAUUUCAGGAUUUCUAGGUUGAACUGGAUGGAGCUGGUACAGAAAAAACGAUCGGGAAAAGGCCUAAAUUGGGAAGCAACAUUUCCGGAUGAACCAAUUGGCGAGAAAUCACGGUCAUUUCUACAGCGUGUUGUAUUCAUUACUGCAUCGCAUAUACUUUACACCAGAGACUUACUUCCUGCGAAAUGCUUCAAGAAACGCCAGAUUGAAAAAUGGAAAUUUUAUGUCGUUCGAGCGGAAGCGGAGGGCAAAGAUAUUGUUCACAGCCUUAAGGGUGUUAUGGAAGCAAUUGAAUUUGCAUAUUUGCGUGAUUUCAUCAUAAUGGUUGCUGAUCGUGAUAGAAAAGAUGAAUAUGAAGCCUUGGAAGUUCACCGGAUCACAAAAGGCGAGAAGGUCGCUACUAUUAAAUAUACAGGAAUUGUUCAAGCACGCAAACAGUUUUUUCAUUUGAUUCGUCGUGUCAGUGCAUAUGGAAAUAUUAUGGGUCCAUUACCACAGAACAUUUGCACAAUCUUUAAACUUACCUAUUAUGAUGAAAAGACUCCAAUGAAUUAUGAACCACAAGGUUUUAUAGCUGAUGAAGGUCUAUUCCAUUUUCCGAAAGAAAUCGAACCAUUGGUAAUUGGUAGAUUCGAUUGCGAAAAGCACAUGGUUACAACAUCAGUUCAUUCGAUUUUCAUGAAAAGUGCAACCGAAUUGAAAUCAUUGAUGCAUGCCAAUGCCACUAAAUUUAACCCUUCGGUUUCUCGUGAUAGUACUGUUUGCUCUUCACCAACUAAAACUUUAAGGACAUUCUCAACAUGUACGGACGAGUUCUCUCAAGUUCAAGCAGAUGAUACUGAACAGCAUAAUGAAUCAAUGAAAAGCGCUGAAUUAACGGCAUCAUCGCCAUGUAUUGAUAUCAGUGGCACGCUGAAAAUUACAAGAAUUUGUCACACACUUUCAAGUACAUGUGAUAAGGCUAACUGUAAUGCAAAGGCUAACAUAGAUAAUGUAGAAGUACUAAUAGCGAUUAAAAGUGCAACUGAUUCAAGCAUCUCAGUGGAAAGCUCAAAAUCAUCAGCCGAACUGGAUUUUUAUGAAAAUCAAAUCGUAACAUCUGGAAGAUCAGAACACGAAGGGUCCAUAACGCCUCAUUUCUCUAAGUAUCAGUUGUUCCGUUCCUUGAUGAUGUAG